AUGGCUUUAAAUGUCACUGACAAAACCAGUGAUAAUGAGAAAGAAGAGAGGUUUAUCACUCAUUAUACUAGUUCUCAAAGAAUCCUACUUGUUGGAGAGGGUGACUUCUCCUUCUCUUUAUGCUUGGCCAGAGCCUUUGGCUCAGCCAACAACAUGGUGGCCACUUCUCUUGAUUCACAAGCUACGUUGCUUAAAAAUUAUAAGCUUGCAGAAGUCCAUCUACAGAAGUUGAAGGAGUUAAACUGCCUCGUUCUGCAUGAGAUUGACGUGAAAACCAUGCAUGAACAUGACGUCUUGAAGGACAUGAAGUUUGAUAGGAUUAUCUACAACUUUCCCCAUGCUGCUGCUGCAGUAGAGGCUACGUAUUCCGCCUCAGUCGUCGACAGUGCAACAAUUUCUUGUUUCUUUGACCCCCAUCCAAUUGUGCUCAUGCCUAACCGAAAAAGGAGUCCAGAGGUGCUCUUGCGAUCAGAUAGGGAUCCACCCCAAUCAGUUUGUCCAGGAAGGCUUCAGAACUCCUUCAUUUCCCAGCUCCUACCUCGGUUUCCUCUUCCUCGUCCUCUCCCUCGGUUGAACUGCCUUCCUCGGCCUCUUCCAUCUCCACAAGGGCUUCUAUUACCAACUCCUUUCCCAAAGAGAGCUGCUGCUGGUGCGCCGUUUGGAGUGCCGUUGGCUGCCAUGAGCUCUGAUACCAGAUUUGUUGGUGUAAUAUGCUGGAACUCCGGCCAAACCAUGCUACCUCCUCAUAUUGCACAUCACCACCUGCAGCCAUCUCCGGUGAUGCCAACCUUCUCAUGCGACAAAUCACAUCUUAACAUGUAUAUUAACAACAGGAGGCAUAUGGAGUUGGUUGGAGCUUUCUUCAAGGUGGCAAGCAAGAUGCUUAAUGAAGAAGGGCAAGUGCAUGUGUCACACCGUGAUGACUACCCUUACAGAUUAUGGAGAAUUGAGGAUCUUGCAAAUGAUGCUGAGCUUGUUCUCAAACAGAAGGAGGUGUUUAGCAAAUGGGACUACCCUGGUUACAGUAACAAAAGAGGUUCAGGAGUUUUAAGUGAUAAUGAAUUCCCUCUGAUAGAUAGCUUUACCUUCAAAUUCUCCUUGGAGAGCAGCAUCUUUACAGACUCUGCUUACUCUGAUGAUGAAGACAUUAUAGAUGAUCAUGACUGGGAGUGGGAGCUAGCGAAAAUUUUAGAGAAUAUGUAUAAGUAAUUAACUAUUUUCUAUGAAACAUUGUAUUGAUGCAAAGUCAUGACUA